AAUUUAUCGAUUCCGAACUCAUCGAAUUUCUCCGAUUCUCUGCUGUUGGCGGAGAAACAGGAGAAAUAAAUUGUUUGGCGACGUGAAGGAAUGCAAGUCGUCACUGUAUUUUGUUCAGUAGAGAGAAAUAGAUAUCAAAAAAGCAACGAGAGUCAUGGAAGAGGAAAAUCAUAAACGUCGUCCUUUUCACCUUGCCAGCGUGUUUCCAGGCAUCCAUCUCGAUGUUGAUGUUGUUGACGUGCCAACGGACACCCCCAGCAUUUCUAGAUUAGAUAUCUUCUUUCUGACCUGCUCCAUAGUUAUGCAUCUAGUGGACAUGGGUUUCGAUUAUAAUAUCGCCAUUCGAUACUAUUUGGGUGGAAAAAUAACGUAUUUUGUUUGGACAGUGUGCCUCAUACUCAUUCCUUCUCUAAUAAAUGUUGUCAUCAGCAGGAGGAUGCAGCAUCAAGAUAAACAAAUGAUGUGUUCUGGUACAUCAGAUACAUUGAACGAUUAUAAAAUGACACGUUUGUUAAUUAAGAAUGGAUUGUAUUGUAUGGUUGCUAUUUUCUUGCAACUAGCACCAGUUAUACAUUACUGGGAAACCUUAAAGUGUGCCCUAAAAGCACGUAAAUGUACAAAAUCUGGGGACCGUGUUAGUGAAAGGAGAUAUUACUUAAGAAUGCUCAAGGAGGAUCAAGAUGUCGCUUUGCUAAGAGUAUUUGAAUGUUUCCUUGAAGCUGCACCGCAGCAAGUUCUACAGUUAUCACUGAUGCUGAAACAUUAUCACAAUGAAAUUAAUUUUGAAUUUGUACACCAAGUAGCUAGUAUUGUCAGCUCACUCACAAGUAUGGGCUGGGCAAUGGCCAGCUACCAUCGUAGCAUUCGAUUAGCUCAGCAAAAUAAGUCUAAUAUUGAUGUUAUAGGAACUGUAUUACAAUUUCUGUGGCACUUUUGCAUUACAGUGGCAAGAAUCUUAUCUCUCAGUGUUAUUGCGAGUAUCUGGCCUCUAUAUACCGUGAUCUGUUGCCUCAUACAUUGGGUAAUUAUGACAAUGUGCAUUUUGAUCGAAUGUCAUGGGAUACUAGAAUUUUGUCGGGUUCACAGUCGCCCACCGCAUAUGCUGCCAACGUUUAAAGAGCGCAUUUAUUCCAUAUUAUUUACUACAGUUAUUGGCGUAAUUCACAUUUUUAUAUAUCUAAAUACCGUAGAUAGUAAUACAUUUUGGAAACAUCUGUGUUUCUAUGUGCUUUGCUUCGCAGAAAAUAUUGCCUCGACUCUAUUAUGGCGCUAUACCAGUCCUCCUGAAGUUAAAGAGGCUUGGUACUUUAAUGUAUUCUUUAUUAUUUGCAUUGUUUCCUUUUUCCUAGGAGUUAUAGCGAUGAUAAUGUACUAUACCAUAUUUCAUCCCUCCAAAAAGCAACGUGUUUCGAGUUCACUUCAAGCCAUGUGAUUAUUAAUAUCUUUCUCUAAAGAUUAUUUUAUAAGUGUAUCUAUAUUAUCUAUAUAUCUCCAAAGAAAUGAAAAAGAAUCUCAAUAUUGUUUUUUUUUAUGUGCAUACUUUAAACUCUCAAAGAAGACUUCCCAUGCAAUAUCAUUAUUAAACUUUUUUUUAAAUAAUUAGAAGAUCUUUUAAAGUGAAAUAAUUCACAUAUUAUACAUAAGAAUAUAUCGGUCAUAUUUCUUUAUAAGGAUUUUCUGAAGACUUUAUAAGGAUUUUCUUAAUACAUUAGCAACAUCAUAUUCUGAUUACAUCUACAAUAUAGUUUUAAGAUGUUUUAUAGACUGGAGAAUUGUAAGUACAUGGCUGUGUUAUGAUUAAUAGAACCCAAUAGAUAUUAUUUAUAUCAAAACUGAUAAGAAUCUUUUUUACUUUUUUAAUUUAAACUAAAAAAAUAUCUCAGGGAUAUAUGUAUGUAUGUACAUAUGCACGUAUGUCUGUAUGUGUACUAUAUAAAAUGCUGAAGUACUAUGUGCAAAUUUUCAAUGUAUAUAAGAUUAAGUUAUGCAAUAUUAAUAUCAAAGACUGUGUUUAUAACAAGAGAAAUAAAUUUUUUGAAUAUUUAAAAUAAUUCAAAAGUAUUAAUAUUUUUCUAAUUAUUUCGAUGUAUAUCAAUGUACAAAUUAUUACCUUUUUAAGUAAAAGAAUUUCAUCAUGUUCAUUUUAAAAUAAUAAAGUAGCCUUUCUCUUAUAUGUGUGAAUUCAUAAAUGUCGAAAUUUGUAUUUUCUACUUCUUCACACAAAUCAUUUUCAUUGUGCUUAUAUUCACAUUUUGUGCAUAUUUUAAAAAAUUUUAUACACAAUUGUAAAUAAUGUAUUGAGACAAAUAAAUACACUAAGACCAAAGUAAAG